AUGUCGCGGAGCAACGUUUUUGGCCCUGGAUCGCAGUUUUCCUUCACGAAAUUUGGGGCGCUAAACCGCGCCACCACCGCCACCAACUUUGCCCUGAACAAGCGCGUCAAGGACAUAUUUCGGCUUGAAAACCAGAAGCAUAUCCGCAAUGAUUUGGACCGGGAGCGGCGCUAUCGCUUUUGCACCAAAUGCGGCAUUACAAGUGUGACCAUCAACUUCAAUGCCGUUCCUUCAGCCCGUAUAGGGUUAUGGGGCCGUUGUGUUGAUGACAGGGAUUACACCCACCAUAAAUUGGUGGAACUCUCGCAACGGGAGUACGAGCAGCUGCGUGAGUUGCCCGUAAAGGAACGAAUACAUUGGUGGCGCUACGAUCGGAACUAA